ACAAUCCUGUUACAAUAAAAGUUUUUAUAUUAUAAUAUUUCGUAGAUUAAUAAACUGUUAAUAAUUGAUCAAUAAUUGAUCAUUGAUCAUUAAUAUCUAUAAAUAUUUGCUUGUUCGUUAAUAACCGAUUUUUAAUUUUUAUUUAACAUUGAGAGACUGUCAACACUUGUCUUAUGAUAAAAAUUUUAUUUUAAUAUUUUAUAGAUUAACUCUAAUUAAUAUCUAUGAAUUUUCUUUUAUAAUUUUGCACAAACUUCUCUAAUCCUCUUUUCGUAACCUUCAUUUAUUUAUUUAAUAUUCUAUCCUUGAUUCAACGUUGAACGUUCGGUCGACGAUUCUGUUGUAAUAAAAUUUUUAUUUUUUUUUUUUUUUUAGGUUAAAUCUACUAAUAAUAAGAAUCAUUAAUAUUUAUCCGAUUUCCUUCUCUAUAAUUCCGUAUAAUUUUAUUUAUUCAGCGAUAUUCUUGCUUCGAAUUGAAUUUAAUUUAAAAGUCAACGAGGAGUUGCAAUAACAAUUCUAUCGUAUAAUAAAAAUAUUAACAUUAAUACUGUAUAGGUUAGGUCUAUUAACAAGAUAUGAUUGAUACGAUUUUAAAAAUGUUUAAUUAAUAAAAUUAUUAUAUUCAAAGUUGUACAAUACGUUGCGUAUAAUCAGUUUCCAUGAAGUGAAUGGGCGACACCUUGAAAAUAUAAUUUGUUCACCAUCUUCUGACAUUUUCCUGGACACGAGCAGACAUCUUACGAGUUCACUUUAGGGUAUCGAUAACCCUACGUAAAUUUCGUAUUCUCAGUUCAUAUUUAAACUUAUUUGUUCAUCAAUUUAAUAGAUACGUUGAUCGAAUAAAGUGUGAAAUUCAAAAACAGUACGAACGCACAAUUGGCAAAAUUCAAGUGCAUGCGUAUUUGCCAUGCUCGUGUAAAACGUGACGAUCGCAACCGUUAACAGCUACCGAUUUCAGUUCUUUGUCGAUUUGAUAAUGCCUCAAAUUAUGGUCGAAGCUUUCGCAAAAAGUUUAAUUGACAAGAUAAUGUUAGAAGCUUUCGAUGUGGUUGAUACGAAUGAAGAAAAAUUACAAAUGCCGGAUAAUCGACAAGAAACGACCGAUACCCAAUCGCAGGCUGCGCAACAAAUGCAGGAUCUUUUGUGUACAGAUCGAAACGAGACGGAAAAUGCGGAGAUAAUAGAGAAGAUGGUAUGUGGUUUACACAAUCUGCAAAUCGGAGAUUCGACUCCUAUGCCUUUACACCUAUCUAAAUUAGAGAAACAGGUGAAACACAUCGUGCACAACAUCGACAAUAUCAUAUACACGGAGCCCGCCAGCCCCGUUGAGACGCAUUCGACCCAGGGCCAGGGCGACGUGCACCAGAUUAUCCACGACGCGGUGAUCGAGAUGGCGGCUGACCCGACCUGCGCCCGCCUUGAGAAGGUGACCGACAGUUCCGAGGCGACGAGGGUGUCCACCAGCCUCAUAUAUCGAAUGAUCGAGGAGCUCGAGUCGAGGAUGGGGGAGCGGGGCAAGGAGGAGGAGAACGAGGAGAAGAAGCCGUCCGGGCCGGCCGUGAGCAAGGAGAAGAUCGAGGUUUGGGAGGAGUCCGAGGAGCAAUUCAUAAGGACCAUAGAGAGUAUCGACGACCCGGAUCAAAAUUACGUCGAGUCCGUCCCCGAGAGCAGGACGGACGUUUGCGACUUCGCCUACGACGGGCUUGCGUCGUCCUUCGUCGGCUCCUCGACGCCCUUCCCCAAGAACUCGUCCCUCGAGGAGGUGGCCAUCGAGGACAUCACCCCCUCCCCCCUACCCCCCGAAGUGGAGCAACGCCCGUCCGGGAAGACGAAGAGUCUUACCCACAACGAGACGCAGUCCGAGGAAUUGAAGAAGAAGGGUAUCCUGAGCAGAACGAGGAAGCUGUUCCGCACGAUUUUCGGGCGUAGAAAGAAAUGAUUUUUCGGGGACGGCCGAGUCGUCCAGUUUUUUUUUUUUCUCUCCCCUCUUCUCCUCCUCUUCCUCCUUCUCGAUGGAAUAUAAAAAAAGCAGGAAAAAAAAAAAUAAAAAACACACGUACACGAAUAUACACACACGCAUACACACACAUAUACACGCACACACACAAUUUGUAAAACCUAUAAUUUUUUUUUUUAAAACGCGAAACGCUCUCCUCGAGCCGAUUUAAAUAUAAACUCCCUAGUUUAGUCAUCAACUGGCCACGCGUGCAGCGUAGUCUAACCUCUUACCGAGUUAUAUAUAUAUUUAUGUUCAUAUAUAUAUAUGUAUAUAUAUAUAUAUGAAUAUAAGACGUGAAAUAAAUUCCACGCGUUCCUAAGGACACCGUGGAGGGAAAGAUGUAGUUUACAAAUUUUUAUAUAAUGCAGUGUCUUUUUUUUUUUUUUUUUUUUUUUUUUUUGGUAAACAAUAAAGUUUAUUUUAAUUUUGAACGAAGGGUUAAGUUGAAUAUGAGAUUCUGUGUCAUUUUACCAGUUUUUUUUUUUUAUUUAAUUCGAAUCGUAAUUGUAUCUGAUAACAACGAUACUUGGUGGAUCUAAGAGGCUAAAUUGAUUAAUCGUUGUUGAUUUGAUGUUUGAUAUGGAUAAAAGAAUCUUCGAAAAAAAAAGAAAGAAAGAAAGAAAGAAAGAAAGAAAUGGAAUUUGACCAAUUUGGCUUCUCAGUGUUUAUAUCAAAUGGAUUGUUAAACGGUUGAAAGUAAUUGUGGAAGAAAAUUUAUAACACCGGGAACCUUUACUUAUUGAUAUUGUUAAUAGUAAGUGUAUUGACAAGGUAAUAUACGUAUGAUGCAUAAAAUUUAUUUUUACGUAUACAGAGUGUCCUGUUUUGAAUAUCUCGAAAUCUAUAUAACGAUAUUGAAAAAUAUUUGGAGAAAAAUUAAAUGAUUUGAAUGGUUAACGGGGAAUUUUUCGCGUUGACACGAAUGAUGAAUUUCUAGUUUCUCGCGAGAUACGUGUCCCUAGUCGACUUUCUAGAUGAAGAGUUCAGAAACCAAUCGAAACCAACGUAAGUAUUUUCUGGAAAAUGGAUAACCAUUCGAGAAUCCCUUUCUUGUCUAAAUUUUUAAUCGAUAAAUCAAUUAUUUUAAUUGAUUUGCCAACUUUGGAAAUUUGGACAAUAAAGGAAUUUUUUAAUUAUAUAAGUCGCUUAAGAUGAACCAUACGUUAGAGUUUAUAUUUCUGAAUCUUCUAAACAUUUAAAUUUUUAUCUAAAAUAUUUCCCAAUAUCAUUAAUUUCCACGAUAUUCGAGUGUAUCAUUUUAAAUAGGACAUUCCAUUCUUCUUCGUCUUCAUUCCAAUACUUCUUUACCAACGUUAUGUAAUAUAUUACCAACGUAACAUAUCCCAUUAGGAAUAACGAAUAAUUUCUAAAAUUUCACCGUGCAUUCACACUAGUGACUCAUAGAAUUCCGUUAACAAUUCGAUCGUGCAAAUGGGCCAAUUUCAACGUGACAAAAAUACACGAAAACAAGAAUCGAAUUUAAGGUAUGUAUGUAUUUCCCUUAUAAACCCGUUAUAAAUAUCGAAUGAUUUAGUAACUUUUUAAAAUUUCACCAUAUGAUAAAAUACAUUGUAAAACUAGUAACUCGCGGAUUGACCCAUAAAAUUUCACCGAAAUGAGCCGUGCAAAUGGGUCAAUUUCAACUCGAUCGAGAGAAAACGAUUCAAUUUCAAUCUGAUAAGAAAUAGAAAUGCGGAAAUUGGCCGAGUUUUAAGGGCCGUGCACGACUAGGUGCACGGAAUCGAAGGCCAAUCAGGUGUGUAUAUUUUCGUUUCUCUCUUCUCUUUAUAACCCGUGUCGCAGAUCUGGCAGCCCUGACACGCGUACGCCACCGGCUGAAAACCAUUUAUCGUAGCAGGAAGCGCAGCUUUGAACCCGCGUUAAGCUUCUCGAACUGUUUUUGGACCGCGGUGUUGCCGAUAUACCCUCCUCCUCCAAACUCUCCUCGGCCAGAUCUCCCUGUUAAUUCUCGUGUGUCCUGACAACCGCGCCAUCUACAGAAA